AUGCAAAUAGAAACAGGAGCCACAGGGUCGGACGAUUAUAAACGGUUCGACAGUCCGGAUCUCUGGGUGAGGUGCCGAGCGGCAAAGGAGCAGCUAUACGCAGAGACAGACUUCUCGGUCAAGUAUAGAAAGACACCACCUAGUCUGCCUAGUGCAUUGCCUGAAACCCUCGGCGCUGAGACAUACGAGCCACAGGAGCGAGAGCCUGAAAAGUCAAGCGUGGAGUUAGAUUUGUCGGUGGUCGCUAGUGUGAAAUUGCCAACUGUGAACCCAGCUAGUUGGACUGUUGCUGUGCACAAUCACCACGAUUGCUCCCCCUCAUCACAACAAGAUCCUGCAAGUGAGAAUCAAAAUAGCGAGAAGCCCAACUCACCAUCUAUGCCAGAUUCAUUUUCUACACUGAACCCACCUUCUGCCCCAAGUUCACCUGCACAAAACCCACCCCGAAAAGCUAGUGUGAGGGUUGCGCAUCCUUCAGUUGCUCUUUACAUUGCACCUCACCUUAGAGACCCCUCUCUGCAAGCGCUCCGUCCACAACGAAACAGCACUCAGCGUCCCUAUCGUCCUAUCCCCUCCCGCAGUGAAUCAAAGCAACACCAGGUUACUUCUGACAACCAGCCCACCUUCUUCAAAUCUCACCUUGUCACGCCUCUUCCAAACCCUUCUCGGCUGAGGGGAGAGGUCAUACAUGCUCCAAUCCCUCCUCAAUCUUCACCCCUAUCUUCAGAAGUUCAGAAGGACACAGAUCUGCAGGAGAAAAAAGAAACCGAGGUCAAGAAGAUGUCUGACACCGGCUCAGAUGAGACCAUGCUGGCUCGUGGAAAUAAUUUUCGAGGUAGCAAGCAAGAACCACCAAUCCAAGCCGAGUCGUCUCGGCAGGCCGAGGAGCGAGCUACCCACAAAAGCUCCAAGGGCCGCAAGCCUUCGAAUGUCCAGCAAGAAGCUGACAGCACACCAGAGCAACAGGAAAAUGUCCCAGCAGGCAAUGCUGCUGGCCCGUCCGAUGAUCCUGAUCAGCCGAAGUGGGAUUCGAAGGAGGUGUUGCGACGACUACAGGAAGGGAAGGGUAUGGAGAUCAUCCGGAAUGCCCAUGCCACCCGCUUCAAGAACCAGGACUGCGAUACUGCAAGUCCAGAGUCCUUGGUCUCUUGCAGAACUGGACCAGGAACGGACCAGAAGUCGGAGUUCUACCGGAUCAUGGCAAGGCGUCGUCGUGCAGGGAAAGUGGCCACCGUUAUUCGAAAGGAAAAGCCUUCUUCCUCGGCUGACCUAUCCUUUGAUGCAGAAGAGGAAAAAGAAGAUCAAAAAGUGGCCGUGGACCCCGUCGCUGCAAAGGAAAAGCAUGUUGCGCAAUGGGACGCAUACCUUAAGAGCCCUCACGCCUACCCGGUCAUCGAGGACGGAAACAUGCGUUUAUUGGGGUAUCCAAGGGCAGAGCAUAAGCGCAUCGAAGAGCAGAUGUCGCAAACUGGCAUCGAUCAGGCCAAUGCCGUGGUGGACAAGGACAUGCCACGCCCCGAUAACAAAUGGGCCGAUGCCUACUACCUGGACUGGGAAUACCGGCCUCGCGCAUGUUCCAGCUUCGAAGCCUUUCGUGACUGGUUCCGCCGCUGGCUCGACUCCACCACCCAAAUCUGCUGCUAUGCCGAUAUCUACCACAAGUCUUUCUUUGAUGGCACAGCCCAUCCCGACGGCGUACAAUCCAUGUACAUACCCAAUCUGCAUGACGAGGAGGUUUGCUUUGACACGAGCGAUGAAUUGACCAUGCUCCACGCGCACGAGACUGCCGAGGGAUACAGCCACAACUUUGUGCUACACAGCCGAAAGAAGGCAGAGGAGGUGCAGCUUCGCAAGGAAAUGAAUCGAAAGGCCUACAUCGAAUACAUGAGCACUCCGCCCCGUGAGAAUCCCAACUCCCCCAAGGCAAAUAUCUUCCUGCGUCCGGCCCGGCUCGAAGACUCCGCCGGCAUUCUUAAUAUCAUGAACUGGUACGCCGAACAUUCCACCUUGAGCACCGAUGUCCGCCGGAUCGAAACGGGCGACGUUCGCCAGCGCAUCGAAAACUGCUGGGAAAACAAACUGCCCUUCAUCGUCGCCGUUGGCCGCGGAACGGGUCCCGAUCGAGAGAACCAGCCCGAGAAGACCUUAGGUUACGCCUUGGCUAACGACACCAUCGGACGCGAGACCAGCAGUCGGUACACCGCGGAGCUCCAGGUUUUUGUCAAAGACGGACACAAGCGCCAGGGCAUCGGACGGUGUCUGAUGGACAAGCUGCUCGAAGUGUGCGAUCCCACCUACAUCCCCAAACUCGGCUACUUCUUCAACGCCAAAUUUGACGACCAGCCUAAGUACCACACCGGGGGUUGCCGUCGACUGGCUUGUCUGAUCUUCGCCGUUGGCUAUCAGCGCGAUCGACGACCCCAGGUCCAAUGGCUUAAGGAUUGGCUGCUCGAGAAGUAUGAGUUCGAGGAGCAGGCCGUUCUCAAAAGAGCACGAGUCAAGUUCGAUCAUUUUAACGAAGUCGCCUAUCUUAUUCGGGACGUUGCGUACAGCUCCAAUACCAAAUUCGAAUACUAA